CAUCCGUGGGCGCCGCGCUGCGCUCACUGCGCGGCUGGCAGCACGCCAAAGAGCGCCACUACUUCAGCGAGCGCUCGGUGCUGCAGCGUCGACACGCGGAGCGCGCGGCGACCGAAGCGCGGCUGUCGGCGCUGAUGGGGACGAAGGUGGCGGCGCCGGCGACCAGCGCCGAGCAGGAGCUGAAGGAGUUCGAUCGCAUGGUCUGGACGAAGACUAGGGAGAUGGUUAGGCAGAUGGAGAGGGAGAUGGCGAAGCUGGGCGUGCCGCUGUUUUGUGAGGGCGUCGAUUAUGGCGAUCCUGUGAGGCUCGCCGAGUGGAGGAGGAGAGUGGUCGAGUUGCUGGAGGACCUGUUUGAAGAUGAAGUGCAGUAGGAGUGGGCGUCGGUGUACAUGGGAGAAUGGGAGAUAUGGAAGUUGGAUGUUUUGACUUGGACGCUGUCCGAAAGGGAGUCUGUAUGGCGUUCCUCUCUUUUGGCAUGUGGGGGUUGCGGGCUGACCAAGUAACAGCCCGAGAAUUGUGGAGACGAAAUGCACGAGACACACAAGGUGACAGCUGAAUCACCGGGCAAGAGAGUGGGUGGUAAUGGAUCACAACUGCACAUUUGCACAUCUGCACGUUUGUAUCUGUAGAGCACUUACUGCUAUAAACACGAGCAAUUGAUUCCGACAAUCGAAUGCACAUAAUACAAGUACAA